AUGGCCACCUCAACCGGUACCGGGUGGGCUCAACUCCGACAACAAGCUCGUUCUUUGGAGACCCAGACAGAGAGUCUCUUCCACUCUUAUUCCCAGUAUGCGUCGAUGACGAAGCUGCCGCAGACGCCCUCCGAGGACGAACUGCGGGUUGAAUCACAAAUAAAGGAACUCCUCGACAAGCGUGAAUCCCUCGUCUCCCAGCUCGCGCGCCUCCUCGACUCCGAAGCCACCCUCACCUCCUCCGCCCUAAAACAGAACAAUCUCGCCCGCCACCGCGAAGUCCUCCAGGACCACCGCCGCGAGCUGCAACGGCUCGGCUCCGCGAUCGCCGAAUCCCGCGAUCGAGCCAACCUCCUUUCGAACGUCCGGUCGGAUAUCGACGCUUACCGCGCCUCGAAUCCCGCCGCGGCCGAGGCGGACUACAUGCUCGAGGAGCGGGGUCGCAUCGACGAAAGCCAUAACAUGAUGGACGGAGUCCUGAGCCAGGCGUAUGCCAUCAACGAGAGUUUCGGGUUCCAGCGCGAGACGCUGGCGAGUAUCCACCGGCGUAUUGUCGGGGCGGCCGGCCAGGUGCCGGGGAUGAAUGCGUUGAUGGGGAAGAUUGGGACGAAACGGAGACGGGAUGCGCUGAUCCUGGGGGCGUUUAUCGGGUUCUGUUUCUUGAUGCUGCUGCUUUUCCGCUGA